AUGACAGAAAAUCAGACAUGGGUCACAGAAUUCAUCCUCCUGGGCUUCGCGCUCAGCUCAAAGAUGCAGCUGUUCCUCUUUGGGCUCUUCUGCCUGCUCUACGCCCUCACCCUGCUGGGGAACGGGGCCAUCCUGGGGCUCAUCUGGCUGGACUCCCGGCUGCACACCCCCAUGUACCUCUUCCUCUCUCACCUGGCCAUUGUUGAUAUUUCAUAUGCUUCAAAUAAUGUCCUGAAGAUGCUGGCCAACAUUCUGUAUGGGGAGAAAACCAUCUCCUUUGUCCCAUGCAUAAUGCAGACCUUUUUAUACAUGGCUUUUGCCCACACUGAGUGUCUCAUCUUAGUAAUGAUGUCCUAUGAUCGGUAUGUGGCCAUCUGCCACCCCCUGCAUUACUCUGUCGUCAUGAGCUGGAGAGCGUGCACGGUCCUGGCCGUCACUUCCUGGACAUGUGGCUCCCUCCUGGCCCUGGUCCAUGUGGUUCUCAUCCUGAUACUGCCCUUCUGUGGGCCUCAUGAAAUCAACCACUUCUUCUGUGAAGUCCUGUCGGUCCUCAAGCUGGCCUGUGCUGACACUAGCCUCAACCAAGUUGUCAUCUUUGCUGCUUCUGUGUUUAUCUUAGUGGGGCCCCUCUGCAUGGUGCUGGCGUCCUACACACGCAUCCUGGGUGCCAUCCUGAGGAUCCAGUCCGGGGAGGGCCGCAGAAAGGCCUUCUCCACCUGCUCCUCCCACCUCUGCGUGGUGGGGCUCUUCUUCGGCAGUGCCAUCGUCCUGUACAUGGCCCCCAAAUCCCGCCACCCUGAGGAGCAGCAAAAGAUCCUUUCCCUGUUUUACAGUCUUUUCAACCCUAUGCUGAACCCACUGAUCUACAGCCUGAGGAACGCAGAGGUCAAGGGGGCUUUGCAAAGAGCACUGUGGAAGGAGAGGCGUAUGUGA